CGCACAUGCACUUGUCGCAUCUUCGGCGGCUAUAUAAACCCUCGUUAGGGUUUCCGACGCGAAUGCGGGGAAGCAAUCGCCGUUGGAGGGGGGAGAGACGUAAGAAGGAUGUCUCAUCGUAAGUUUGAACACCCAAGGCAUGGGUCCCUCGGGUUCCUCCCCAGGAAGAGAGCCUCCCGCCACCGUGGCAAAGUAAAGUCCUUUCCCAAGGAUGAUCCGACAAAGCAUUGCAGGUUAACAGCUUUCCUUGGAUACAAGUCUGGAAUGACACACAUUGUUCGUGAGGUUGACAAACCAGGCUCAAAGCUUCACAAGAAGGAGACAUGUGAGGCUGUGACUAUCAUAGAAACUCCGCCAAUGAUUGUUGUGGGAGUUGUUGCUUACGUGAAGACUCCACGUGGACUUCGUUCUCUUAACACUGUGUGGGCUCAACAUCUGAGUGAGGAAGUGAGGAGGAGAUUUUACAAGAGCUGGUACAAGAGCAAGAAGAAGGCUUUUACAAAGUACUCCAAGAAAUAUGAAAGUGAAGAAGGAAAGAAGGAAAUUCAGGUGCAGCUGGAGAAGAUGAAGAAAUAUGCAUCUGUUAUCCGUGUGCUGGCUCAUACACAGAUAAGGAAGAUGAAAGGUCUGAAACAGAAAAAGGCUCACUUGAUGGAGAUCCAGGUCAAUGGAGGGACAGUUGCUCAGAAGGUUGACUAUGCUUACAGCUUCUUUGAGAAGCAAAUCCCUAUCGAUGCUGUCUUCCAGAAAGAUGAGAUGAUCGAUGUCAUUGGUGUGACCAAAGGUAAAGGUUAUGAAGGUGUGGUGACUCGUUGGGGUGUCACUCGCCUCCCACGCAAGACACACAGAGGACUCCGCAAGGUUGCCUGUAUUGGUGCAUGGCACCCAGCCAGAGUCUCCUACACUGUUGCUCGUGCUGGUCAGAAUGGAUACCACCACCGUACUGAAAUGAACAAAAAGAUAUAUAAAAUUGGGAAAUCUGGGGAUGAGUCACACACUGCUAUUACUGAGUUUGACAGAACCGAGAAGGAUAUCACGCCAAUGGGUGGUUUCCCGCACUAUGGUAUUGUGAAAGAUGACUACCUUAUGAUCAAGGGUUGCUGUGUUGGGCCAAAGAAGAGGGUUGUUACGCUUAGACAGUCCCUACUGAAGCAGACUUCUCGCGUCGCCCUCGAGGAGAUCAAGCUUAAGUUCAUUGAUACUUCUUCUAAGUUCGGGCAUGGACGCUUCCAGACAACCGAGGAGAAGAGCAAGUUCUAUGGUAGGAUGAAGGCUUAAUUGGUGCCUGGUUUUGAGGUUUUUCCGAGUCUUUGUUUGGUUAUCUUUUUUUCAUCAGAUUGGCUACCUGCUAAGUUAUUUGUCAUAUGAGAGAACAGAAGAGGGAAGUUGAUGGUAGGUCAAGCUACAUUUCAUCUUUGAUUUUGUUUUGUGGAUUAAACUUGGUUGAUUUGAAUUUUGGACAUGAAAUAAUUUGAGAAAUCUGAGCUAAUGGGUUGUUGCAUUAGGUUGCUAA